AUGGAUUUCAUGGAUUCAGAGACACAACCUCCAGAUGAUUCACAGCAUUUAGAAACAAGUUACAAUGUGCCUCCUCCACUUGCGCCAGAAUGUAAAAGCUUCAAAUGGAAAAUACAAGUGAUAGAUUCUGAGGGCAAUGUAGAAGGCAAAAUGGUGACAUCUAAAGAUGUAUGGAAACUUCAGAACAGUAGAGUGAUUGUGCAAUUUGAUGAAAAUAGCGGUCAGCCAACUGGGGAUUCCGGUGGUUUACUGGGAUCUUGGUUAGGUCAAUUAAGCAAUGAUGUGAAUUUGCUACCUAUCAAUUACAGUGAUUGGAGGAUGGUUAAUAAUCACACUAAAAGAAAAGCGUGGGAUGUUAUUCAGUCCAAGUUCUGGUUUGAUGAUCCAACGAUGAGACAAGGAUAUGUGAUGAGUGCAUUAGGAAGCAGAUGCAAAGAUGUCAAACUACGUCUUUGGAAAGAACACAAGCGAAAUGAUCUACUUCAAACAUUGCAGAAUCGACCAAAUAAUGUUCCUGAAGAACAAUGGGAGCAUUUCGUGCACAUGAGAUUUACUGAAAAAUGGAAGAAAAUGCAAGAGAGGAAUACAAAGAACCAAAAAAAAAAUACUUUGCCUCAUGUAUGUGGAAGAAAGAGUUUCUCAAGAAAAAGAAAUGACAUAACAAUCAGAACCGGAAAAACUCCAUGUCGAGCAGAGUUUUUUAUUGAGACGCGCACGAAAUCAGAUGGAAGCUUUAUAUGUGAAGAGGCAAAAACACGAGCGGAAGCGCUUAGAACUUUGUUGAAUCAAAAUCCUCAUGGCACAAGCAAUGUUACAGCCACAUUGGAUGAUGAAUUUGCUCAAGUUUUUGGUCCGGAGCGUCCAGGACGAGUACGUUGUGUUGGUCGAGGACCCACGCCAUCAAAAUUAGUGAGACGUUGUACUGCAACUAGACAAGAGGUAGAAAAUUCUGAGAUGGUUGCUGGGUUGCAGACAGAGGUGAAAGAACUAAAAGAUCAAGUUAAGGGAAUGACAACUUUCAUUCAACAAAUAAUUGGUACUUCAACCGGUGAACAGGCAAGAGCAUGGGCUGCAAGUUUUGCAGUAGCUUUUGCUAACAUACCAAACCCAUCAUUCGCAAACAUACCAACUCCAUCCAAUCCUAAUCUGGUAAAUAGUAUAUUUAAGUGUGUUUUUUUGGUAACUGUUAAAAUAUAUAUUCAAGUUUACAAACAUAUUAUACAUAACAAGUUAUAUUGUUUUAUUUCAGGAAACGGAAUGAUGCAGGUGUCCAUGGCUAUUCAAAUGUUGGAAACUAUGCUAGUGAUCAUCAUUAACAUUAGUUUAGCAACAUUUUUCUGCAGUGUUUGUUUAUUUAUGUUUUAUGAAUUUGUAUUAUGGAUGAAUUAUGUAAAUCAGAUGCUUGCAGAUUAAUUAGUAAUUCAGAUUUGGGUUUUUAUUAAA